AUGGCGACAACAGAAGCGAAAACAAAGACAUUCAAGUCUCAUCCCAUUGAGAGCUGGGACGACGGCGUGUCACCCAUCUACACACACUUGCACCCGCUGCUCCUACUCGGCCUUUUCUACUACCAGUUCCCCUCGCUGGUCGAGAAGCCUGUCGACACCCUCCCUCAGACAGCUCUGGGUGUCGCUGCUUUACAGUUACUGUACCUCUGCAUCUGCAUUCCUGGAAGCAACCAUGCUCAAUUGCCUCAGCGCGGAAAGAAGAAGGGAAAGAUGGCCCAAACCCACCAGGGCGACACUGGCAUUGGAGCCAAGCUGGUUCCUGGCAUUCUCUCCCUCAUCCUUGCCGUCACGCUCGGUGCUCCUCUAAUCGCCAUCGUCCUUAUCCUUUUUGGUGCUCCCCUCACCUCCCACCAAGCCCAUACUCUCUACUGCGGACUUCACAUCUCGUUACUCGCUGCAUACCCUCUGUUCUACGUCCACGGUGUCGACGCUGCCAAGUGGACCGAGGUGGGUGCAUUGGCUGCCCCUAUCGAUGAGGUCUUUGGUGCUACAGUCGGAACAUUGAUUGGUGCUUGGGUGGGUGCUAUUCCCAUUCCUUUGGAUUGGGACCGUGAGUGGCAGAAGUGGCCUGUCACCAUCUUGGCUGGUGCUUACAUCGGGUAUGCGGUUGGCAAGGUUGUGGGUGGCUCGCUUCUCAAAGGCUCAAAGAUCAAGAUUGCAUGA